AUGUGUGAGCUGUGUAAAAUGCUUAUAGGAGGAACGAUUGGCAGGAAGGAGCCAAAGAAGGAACAGAAGCGGCACCAGCAGAAGCACAGCGGGCCCAAGGCGGAGAGGAAGAAGAGCAGGAAGCAGCUGGGAACUCCAGCCGGAGAUGACGAGCGCAAGAGGAACCCCAAAGCGUUUGCGGUCCAGUCAGCAGUGCGCAUGGCCAAAACCUUCCACAGAGCCCAGGACCUAAAGGCCAAGAAGCAUCACAUACCCCUGGUGGACCGCACCCCUUUAGAGCCUCCCCCGAUAGUGGUGGUGGUGGUAGGACCCCCCAAGGUGGGCAAGAGCACCCUCAUCCGCUGCCUGAUCAAAAACUUCACACGGCAGAAACUAGGGGACAUCUGCGGGCCUGUGACCAUCGUCUCUGGAAAGAAGAGGCGUCUUACCUUCAUCGAGUGUAGCAAUGACAUCAAUACAAUGAUUGACUUGGCAAAGGUUGCUGACCUGGUGCUGAUGCUCAUUGACGCCAGCUUCGGCUUUGAGAUGGAGACCUUUGAGUUCCUCAACAUCUGCCAGGUGCACGGCUUCCCGCGCAUCAUGGGCGUGCUCACCCACCUGGACUCGUUCCGCAAUAACAAGGCCCUUCGCAAGACCAAGAAGCGGCUCAAGCAUCGCUUCUGGACUGAGGUCUACCAGGGUGCCAAACUCUUCUACCUGUCCGGUAUGGUGUACGGAGAGUACCAGACCCAGGAGGUCAAGAACCUGGGCCGCUUCAUCUCCGUCAUGAAGUUCCGCCCGCUGGUGUGGCAGCAAUCGCAUCCCUACGUCGUGGCCGACCGCAUGGAAGAUUUGACGGACCCUGAGAUGGUGAGGGUGGACCCCAAAUGUGAUCGUACUGUAUCUCUCUAUGGCUACCUGAGGGGGACAUACUUGAAGAGUAAAGGCCAGGUCCAUAUCCCUGGUGUGGGGGACUUUGCGGUGGCAGACAUCAGCUUCCUGCCAGACCCCUGUGCUCUGCUGAACCGCAGAAGAAGAGCUCUUAACGAGAAGCUGACGUCAGGACCCCAGGAGAGCCGAGUCUGGGACCCUGAGACACAGAGAGAGAGGAGGAAGGCUGUCUUCACUGAAGAGGAAGAUGAUGAUGACGAUGAUGACAGCGAGGGUAGCAGUGACGAAGAGGGGGAUGAGGAAGGAGAGUCUGAAGAAGAGGAUGAGGAAGAUGAGGGGGGAAACAAAAGGGAAAAAGAAGAAACGGUUUUGAAGAACGAGGCAAAGGACAAAACUGAACCAAAAGAGAAGCAAGGAAUAAAGACCAUCCCUCCAGUGAAGAGACAGAAGAUGGAGGAAAGGAAAGCGGAGAAAGAGCCAGUGGUGGAGGUACCUGCCUUUGCAGACAGUGAGGAUGAGCUGGAAAUGAGUGAGGAGGAGGAAGGGGGGAAGGGAGAGCAGGAGAGUGAAGGAGAGGAAAGUGAUUCGGAGGGGGAAGAAGAUGAAGAAGACGGUGCAGUGGAAAAGGGGGAUCUCAAACCAAUAGACUCGGGUCAUUGCUCGGAGGAGGAGGAUGCGAGUGAUUCAAUAGAAGAUGACUGUGAAACCAUUGUCUCGGGCAAAGAAAGCAAGAAGUCAAAUGCCGCCACCAAAAUGGAAGAGGAAGAUGAGGAGAUGGAGGGAGGAGAGCUGUGCUAUGAAAGUGCAGGGGCACUGCGGUGGAAGGAGGGUCUGCAACAGAAAGCGUCGGAGGCGUUUCUACGGCAACAGCGCGCCGCCCCCAACCUGCGUAAACUGGUGUACGGCACAGUGGCAGAGGAUGAUGGUGAUGGGGAGGAGGAUGAGGAGCUGGGAGGGCUGUUUCGAGUCAGCCGCCCCGAGAAGGGCAAGAAGCAUCGUAUGGACGGUGUGGACUGCUCCCGUUUUGACCCCGAUGCCGCUCGCAAUUGGGACCUGGAAGAGAUGCUGGACUCGAUAAGGGACUGUUUUGUGACGGGGAAAUGGGAAGACGAUCAAGAUGCUGCUACAUUGCUGAAAGAGGAUGAGGAGCUGUAUGGCGACUUUGAGGACUUGGAGACGGGGGCAGUGCACAAGGGGAAAGCUGGCAAGCAGAAGGACCAAGCCAAGGAAGAAAGUGAUGAGGAGGAGGAGGAGGAGGAGGAGGAGAAGCUGAUGAAGGUGGACGACGAGACCCAGAAGAACAAGCGUCUGGAGAAGAAACGGCGGCUGAAGGAGCGUUUCGACACGGAGUAUGACGACGGAGACGCCACCUACUUUGACGACCUCAAGGAGGAGAUGCAAAAACAGGCAGAGCUGAACCGGGCUGAGUUUGAGGACGUGGAUGACGAGACACGGGUCCAGUACGAGGGCUUCCGGCCUGGCAUGUAUGUCCGUCUGGAGAUCCCCUCCCUGCCCUGCGAGUUUGUCACCAACUUUGAUCCCCACUAUCCCAUCAUCCUCGGGGCUCUAGGUGCCAGCGAGGGGAACGUAGGCUACCUGCAGAUGCGGUUAAAGAAACAUCGAUGGCACAACCGUAUCCUGAAAACGCGCGACCCCCUCAUCCUGUCCCUGGGCUGGCGUCGCUUCCAGACCAUCCCCCUGUACCACAUCGAGGACCACAACGGGCGCCACCGCCUGCUCAAGUACACACCGCAGCACAUGCACUGUGGUGCCACCAUCUGGGGUCCCAUCACACCUCAGGGCACUGGCUUCCUGGCUGUGCAGUCAGUCUCAGGAACUAAGACCAGUUUCCGCAUCGCAGCUACAGGAGUUGUCCUUGACCUGGACAAAUCUGUGACCAUAGUCAAAAAGCUCAAGCUGAUUGGCUACCCAUACAAGAUCUACAAGAACACAUCCUUCAUCAAGGGGAUGUUCAACACCGUGCUGGAGGUGGCGAAAUUCGAAGGGGCUUCCAUCCGAACUGUCAGUGGGGUCAGAGGUCAAAUUAAGAAGGCCCUGUCAACGCCGGUGGGAGCCUACAGAGCCACGUUCGAAGACAGGCUGCUGAUGAGUGACAUUGUGUUCCUGCGCUCCUGGUACCCGGUGUCAGUCCCUCAGCUCUACAACCCCGUGACCUCCCUGCUGAUGCCAGCGGGCCAGAAGGACAGUUGGUCGGGCAUGAGGACGGUGGGCCAGCUGAAACACGACCUGGGGGUCCGCAACAAGCCCAACACAGACUCACUGUACAAGCCGGUUGUGCGAGCGCAGCGCCACUUCAACAAGCUGCACAUCCCCAGGGAGCUGCAGAAGGCAUUGCCCUUCAAGAGCAAGCCCAAACAGGACCAGCCCAAGGGAAAGACGCCCAAGGACCUCCAGAGGCCCGCUGUCAUACGGGAGCCCCACGAGAGGAAGAUGGCGGCGCUGCUCAACGCGCUGAGCACGGUGCACAACUACAAGAGCAAGAAAGCGCACGUGGCGCAGCACGCUAAGCACAAGGACUUCCUGCGGCAGCGGGACAAGGCGGAGGAGGACAAGCUCAAGAGGCAGAAAGAGGCGAAGAAGAAGCUUUACCGUAUGAUGGGCCAGAAGGAGAAGAAGAGUCAGAGGUCCAGUCUGAAAGGGGCGCCGCAGGAUGACUGAUUUUUAAAUCAAUAUGACUCUAAAAGACCAGUGUAAUAACUUUUCGGCCUUCCAAUGGAAUGGAAUAAUCCUCUGUUUAAGCAUAAUCUGUUGGGCUGCAGUGGAGUAGGUUGAAAUUGCCCCUAGAUGCUGAUCUUGGGUCAGUUUAGCAUUUUCCCCGCUGAUGGUUAAAGUGAUACAUUGGGAUUUUAGCAAUUAAGCCUUUUGUCUACUUCCCUAGUCAAAGAAACUCAUUCAUGGAUACCAUUUUUAUGUCUCUGCAUCCAGUAUGAAGGAAGGAUUGGGGGAGGGGAAGCUGAUCCUAGAUCUGUACCUAGGGUAAUCUUCACCCAGAGCGUCUUCAGUACUGGGGUAGGAGUGUAAAUGCAAGGAUUGGAUGAACAUCCUUCUUCAGCUUCUGUAGCCUGGUUGUGUAAUGUGGUUUUUCAACGCCAGUUAUUGACACCUCAUUUCGAGUGGUUCCAUAGAGGAACCAGAAAGAACUGUAUAUUAGUCAUAUCUCUACCACUCGUCUAGCUUCAAUCGUGUGGUGUUUUAAUAAAAAAUACUACAAAAAUAGUAUGUUGUGAGUGCCUUAACUCUAAAAGAGCAUAAAAGUAAGUGUAAUUCUAUAAUAUAUUUUGAUCGAGUAGAAGUUUCAUAAUGGCUAGGUUGUUACAAAUGCACUGAUAAGUGGAAGCACAUGGCAUUUCAGCAACUUUGAAGUUGUGMCUGUCAGAGCGAACUCAUCAUGGAUAUAACCCGUUUUAGCAUGGACAUUGCCAUUGAGGACUACCACCAUUUUAAAGUAGUCAACUGGGUGGGAUUCCUGAGUUGGGGGCAAUCCGCCAAUGAAGAAAAAUKUACUACUUUAAAAUGGAGAUGGCCACAAUGGCGCUGCCCAUGCAGUCAGACGCUAUAGAGCCCCACAGCGGAGGUCUCAUAAUACCUUAGUGGUCAAACAGGGAAAUCCCAACAUUUCCACCAUGAAUUUUUCCCAUAAGGAAUUUUAGAAACACUUAAAAUAAGGGCUGUGUUUCGUGUAGGCUUAACCUGGUCGGACGUUUUGAUAUCAUGCAAGGUGAUUUAACAAUAUAUUCGGCUCUAUUUACUCUGAUUCUAAAAUGCUAUUUAGACAUCAUGCAAGACUACAAAUCCCUGCAAGAUCCUGCACGUCAUCUCUAGUUGACACCUUUGCUAACAGGUAUUGUGUCAAUUUAAAACUUGCACAAGACAGCUCACAGAAGUGUCAAUUGUAAAGACAUUUAUUCAUUACUAAAUUUAGCUAACAUUAGAUAGUUAAUCCAGUGUGGAAAGUUGCUAAUAUUAGAUAGUUAAUCCAGAGAUUCUUACCUUUGCCACUAUUCGGCAGUCUCGUUCAGAUCAGCGUGGCAUUUGUAGUUCUUUAUGAUGGCCACAUUAGCGUUUAAUUUCUAGGGGUUAAAUAUAGGCGAAUAUAUUGAUAAAAGCCACCUUGUCCUAGACUAGAGAGAUCUACAUGGUUAUCAAAAUGACACUCCAGGAUAAACCAACAUGAAACACGGCCCUUAUUAUUUUCUAAAACCCCUAUGGGGAAAAAUUAAUGGUCGAAAAGCGAUUGGAACCAUUUCCUUGUUUGACCGCUAGGUUUUAUGGGUAUGAAGACUCAACCUGUGGUACUUUAACGUUAGAUACAAAAAUGAGUCCUCUGUCUCUAUGGCCGGUUGUCACACAUCUGCCCUCUCAUUGGCUAGAAUGGUCCCACCUGAUCUCGCCUCCUCCCACCUGCCUUCCAUCUUUGAGAACAUGUAUUUUCAUUGUUAGUGGUCACUCGAAUAUAGAUUAACACAGGCUAAGGAGAUCUUACACGUUUUUGUUCUGAGAUAGUCAGUUAACAUGACCUUAAUGAAUGCCUUUUGUGCUUGUUGUGAUUACAUGACUGCUUCAAAGUUCAAAACGUGACGUUAUCGGAUGAACAUGAUCUCAUAGAAUAAAACGUGUAAAAUCUAA